ACUUAUAGUUUACGUCAGUUCUUUGACCAUUCGUUGGAGCUCCGGUUUUCAGCCUCUUUCCGGGCUACCUUGUAGCAAUUUGAGGCUCCGUCAUCAGUUUCUGCUAGGUUUCAAAGAUCCAGGAGAAGCUUAGUGUGUCAAGACGCCGAUGGACCCAUCACAGAAGUUUAAUCCAACCUACAUCCCAGAGUCUCCACAAAUGUUCACCGAAGAAAAUUCCCGGGACGAUUCAGGGGCCUCUCAAAUCUGCUCCGAGACAUUGAUAAAGCACCUUAGUAACUUGACUAUCAACGCUAGUAGCCAAACUGCUUCCCCUCUAUCGGAAGCUUUACUCCGUCGACAGUCUGCAAGAGCAGCAGUCCUCAAGGAAAUCGAAGAUGAGUGGCUUUACAGCGGGAGAGGAGUAAGAACAUUGCUGUCUGUGCAGAGAGAAAAGAUGGCAAGAUUGAGAUACAUGUUACUCGGCAGAGUUCGUACGCAUGAAAGAAUACCAACAAACAAGGGGCCUAAGGGAGUUAAGAAGGAAUCAAGACCAUUCAAAUGUCCCUGCAGUUUCUGCGUGUCUAACGGAUGGGAUCCUUCUGAGAAUGCUAGAAUAGGGAAUCAAGACACCAAGCCACUUCAGCCAUAAAUCUUAUUCUUGAACCUUUUUUUCUUGCUGGUAAUUUUAUAUAGCAGGUUGAGAAAGCUACUCUGUGCUAGUAUAGACUAUACACCAAUAAUUUUGGUAAUGAGUUCUAGGAUGUAUUUUUCUUCUUGUAUCUUUUUCUUCCUACUAUGAUACUAGUAAUUCAUAAAGGAUCUGUGUAAUCUGAAUGUAUUUGAAUAACUUUAGCUCUACUGUUUGAUUUGACCCAAAGAAGCCAAGAUGAUACAAGUAUUCCCAUGUGUCUUAGAAGCCCAAAGUCAGUGAGAUGAAACCCAACAUCAAGAAAUUGAAGCAAAAUUACUUGUGGAUAAAGAAAGCAUUAGGUAGUUUGGCUAUAGCAUAAUUAGAUUUUCUGGCUUUCAAAAAUUUGAAUUGCAAUCACAGCAAACUUUAUUUUUACAGUUUUCAGUACAAAAAGGUGUUUAUAUAGAAACAAUAAAGUUGACAUUUGAGUACCUUUUAAAAA